GUUUACAGCGCAGCUUUCCCUCCCUCCACGUUAGCAUCGUUGAUUCGUCAAGAAGUGAAUAGGAAUUUAUGCUGUUUACACUUUAAUCCUUUUGUAAAAUUACGUAUUUAAUUUUGAGCCACGCCGCGUUUAGCAUGAUUGUUUGGAAGCGGAAGGGCAACCGACAGGCAUAGCAAUGACUAGCUGGCUAACGUAGCUCCGAGGUUAGCCAGCUAAUGUUAGAUAACUAACACUAGCUAACUUCUCACACAGCAGCGGUACAGCAAGUACAGCCAAACAGGUUACAGGAACAAGCGCGGCCAUGGGUGCAGAGAGCAGCGCGUUGCGGAGCUUUACCCUGGAGGAGCCGCUUCUGACCCUGCCCUCCGGACUCACCAUGUACUCGGCAAUGCUCCAGGAUGGAAAGCCUGCCUCCGUGUUUGUUCACAAGCGUGGCAAUGAGGAUAAAGUCAACAAAGCUGCCAAGCACCUGAAGACCUUGAGGCACCCAUGUCUGCUGCGUUUCCUGUCGUGCUCAGUGCAGGAUGGCGACAUCCACUUGGUGACAGAGCGUGUGCAGCCUCUGGAACUGCUGUUGGACAGUCUCUCCCCAGAGGAAAUCUGCGCAGGCAUCUAUGACCUCCUGCAGGCACUUGUGUUUCUGCACGAGAGGGGCAAAUCAAGCCACAACAACAUCUGCAUUUCAUCUGUAUUUGUCGGUGAAGAUGGUCAUUGGAAACUGGGAGGGAUGGAGACUGUCUGCAAGUUCUCCGAAGCAACGCCUGAGUUUCUUGCAAGCAUUCAGAACGUGAGAGAGGCCAGCUGCGUUCCAACAGAAGAGCAGGCUGAGGGCUUUAAAAUGCUUCCGGAUAAAAAUGCUCACUCUCGGGACUCUUUCUCUUUUGGAAUGAUGGUAGAGACCCUCAUCCCUCUCCUGAAUGGCUACGUGUCACAGGAGCUGUACGACAGUCUGCAGGAGACUUUGCAGACAGGCCUGCUCAACUCUGACCCCUUGUCUCGACCCCCUCUCAGCUCCUUGCUGACUCAUGACUUUUUCAGGAACGACUUUUUGGAAGUGAGGAAUUUUCUGAAGAGUCUGACCAUGAAGACGGAAGAAGAAAAGAAUGAAUUCUUUAAGUUUCUUCUCGACCGGGUCCAGAGUGUCCCUGAAGAGCUGAUAGCUUCACGCCUUGUCCCCAAACUCCUCAACUCUCUUGUUUUUGCAGAACCCAUGGCUGUGAAAAGCUUCUUGCCUCAUCUUCUAAGGCCAAAGAAGGAUUCCAGUGGCGGCAGCAACGAUGAACAUUGCCUGCUGUCUUUGUCCCUUUACCGUAAACAUGUGAUUCCUCAGCUUCUUAAGCACUUCAAGAUCAACGAGGAACACAUCCGGAUCGUGUUGCUGGCUCACAUCCACAUCUACGCUGAGUACUUCUCCCACGAUGAACUCAAAAACCAGAUCCUACCUCAGGUUUUGUUAGGAAUGAGAGACACCAAUGAUUCCCUGGUUGCCAUGACGCUGCAGAGUCUGGCUGUGUUGGUGCCCUUGUUGGGGGCUCAGGUGGUGGUUGGUGGAGAGAGGACCAAGGUCUUUAAACGCACCACACCCAACUUUACCAAGUCUACAGAGGUCACUCCUGAAACUUCACCUGUCCAUAUAGUUGGAGGCUUCCACCCUCAGAUGGCCCAGCCUUCAAAAGUCUUGAAUAUGUCCCCCAGACCGUCAGGGACUGAAGGCCCAAAAUCAGAGGUCAGUAGAAAGAUGUCUCUACCUUUGAACGGCUUUCAUCAGGACAGUGAGAUGGAGCUACUGUCAUCCAGCCCAGAGCAGCCUGACGGUCCAGUGGAGGACUGGCCUGACUGGAGCGACCCUGAAGAGAGCGAGAGCAGAGAUGGACAGUCAGUCCAGAUCCACAUUCAGGCCUCAGAGAGAGAAGGUCCAGACAGCAGCAGACCGCCACUUUCACACCCGCCCUUGGAAGACGAGCCGUGGAACAACAUUGAGGACACUGAACCUACCUCAGAUCUCUCCCCUACAGCUCCUUUAUCACACCCAGUUAUUCUCACACCGCCCAGAGGCAACACUUUGAGGCCUGUAAAGCAUGAUCCGGAACCUCUGAGGCUGGGUGCCUCUGAACCCCUUAAGUUGACCUCAACACUGCGACCACCCACACAGAGCAAGACCACUUCCUGCGAUGGCUGGGCUCAAGAAGAGAAAGACUCACACAACCCAUUGAACACCAAGCCCAAACCUAGAGUGCCACAAAAGAAUGGUGGGAGAGGAGGUCUUGGGGAGGAGUUCACCAUUAAGGUGAAGAAAAAGGAAGCGCCGGACCCAGAGCUGGAUUUGUUUGCAGACAUGGUGCCGGACAUCAUACUGUCCUCUCCAACUCUGCUGCCACUGGACGAGGGCAGUGUGAGCGAUGCUUCAGAAAACACUAAAUAUCUGCAGGUUGACUCAUCCAUCGAUACUGUAACACUCACUGCCAAGUUCGCAGUUGACAACCUGACUGAGACUGAAACCGAUGGCUGGGGAGAUGGAGAUGACCUGAACUGGGAAGAAGAGAAUGUCUGGUGAUGUUUCAUCCGUCUGCUUCAUCUGGAACAAAGACUUGACCACCUGAAAACUCAAAUCCUCCUUUCAGAGACAGUCAGCUGGGGGUUACCUGCAUGAUGCAGUAAGAUAAUGAUGGACAGACUUUAUCUCUAUUCUGUUGGUUCCCAGACAUUAUCCGUCUGUUCAUUAAGGUACUGGAAGCUUAUAGGAUGGUGCUGAACUUGGACAAAUGAAGCCAUGUUUAAUUGUUUGCCAACUGAUAAUAGUCACCUCGAUAUGAGUGAAAGUCAUCUUGUUUUCAUCUACUAACGUUUUUUUUUUAACGUGCCAAUUUCACACUUGGCAUGAAAAUCAAUAGAUACUUUUUGGGCAAGACACAACUCAGUGUGUCAGGAUUGAUUUACAAAAGGCUUGCACUUUGAAUGAAUGUAUGAUAGAAAUUACGUAAUUUAUGAGCUUUUGGUUGCUGGGGAAGUAAAGAUUUUGCAGUGUCAAAUAUGA